AUGGGAAGACAAUCGGGUAGAGAGUCUUCCGAAAGAAGACGAUCUUCGCUAAGCAGACGGUCAUCAAGUCUUAGUAGAUGGAGAUCACGAUCUGACUCGUUAAGUUCUGUAGGGUCCACUGGUAGUCAGUUUCUUGAUGACAAUACCAAUGAGAUUUAUUCAGGUGCUGGGUCUGAAAUAAUCCCAAGUUCAAUCACAUCGUUCCAUUAUCCUCACCAUUUUGGUCGUAGUAGCCAUAGGAAAAGUGUUGUUAGUGGUAUAUCAGAUUUUGGUCGCUCCCCUCCUGUGCACAGUCAUAAUGAUAAUGAAGAUGAUGAAGCAAUUGAUGGAGUCUCUGUAAGAUCAGGCAGUGGCCAAAGCUUAAGAUCUGAUGAAAUCCAAAUGAAUAAUUUCAAAUUCUUUAGCCCGGAUGAAAUUGAAAUGGCUCCUGGUGGUUCUACUUUGGAAAACCCUGAAAACCCAGUGGACUUUGAUACCGCCUGGGAUUAUUCAGUGGAUAAAUAUAUCGUUGAAGAGGAACCUCUUCAAGAUCAUCGUAGGAAAUCAGAUAGCAGUAGUGUCACGCCAGAUUAUGAUUAUGGUUCUAUCAUAUAUGAAGGGGGAAGAAAUAGGCGUGAUUCUGAUUCUUCUUCUUCCAAACAUGUGCUUCUCGAAGAAAAUGAAAAUGAAUUGCUUAGAUUCUACGAACAAUAUCCUGCUACAAGUGAAUAUCAGAGAUAUUAUCUUGCUGAGGAAGAUUUGGUCAUUGGUAUUGCAGGGUAUAAGAGUUCAUGGCCAAGGACUACACUCUAUUACUUAUUCUGCAUAUUUACCUGUGGAUUAGGUUAUUUGGCUAUGAGAUGGUUCCCAAAAUUUAGAGUUAACAUGAAAGGUAAUAAGUCUCCUUUGGGGAAAGCUGAUUGGGCAAUUAUUGAGAAUGAAUAUGGUGAAUUAGUAAUUGUUAACAUUGAUAAAACUGCCUUUAACGAAAGACUUUCUGACUUCUUAACUUCGUCCCCUCAAGAGGGUGAAGAUUUGACUUCCAGAAAACUUGAAAACGAUCCUGUUGUACCUUAUUUGCAAACUUUUAACUACAGAUACGUUAAGUUUUUUUAUAAUCCGGUGGAAGAUCUCUUCAAGACAAAUUCGAAUUGGUAUGACCCUCGUUGGUUGUAUGCUAGAAAUAUGAAGGACGGAAUCCCUCAAAGCGUUCAAGAAGAAAGGCUUGAAAUCUUUGGUCAAAAUAAUAUUAUCAUUGAAGAGAAAAGUGUGGUUCAAAUCUUAGCAGAUGAAGUCUUACAUCCCUUUUACGUAUUUCAGAUCUUUUCUAUUUUCUUGUGGAUGGCUGAUGAUUAUUACUAUUACGCUGGUUGUAUCUUUGUUAUCUCCCUUAUUUCCGUGUUGAACUCAUUAAUCGAAACAAAGCAAACCAUUCACAGGUUGCAAGAGAUCUCAAAAUUGUCCUGUGAAAUUAGAGUGUGGCGUCAUGGGUUUUGGAAACAAAUUGACUCCCAUGAUUUAGUUCCGGGUGAUGUUUUCGAAGUUGAUCCAACAUUGGCUGUCUUACCAUGUGAUGCCAUCUUAAUUAACGGUGAAUGUGUGGUUAAUGAGUCGAUGUUAACAGGUGAAAGUGUCCCAGUUUCUAAAGUUCAAGCAACUCAGGAAACAGCAGUAGCUUUGCCGGAAAGUUUUACUUCUCCCCUCUUAGCAAAAUCAUUCCUUUAUAACGGUACAAAGUUAUUGAAAACUAAAUCUUCCAAUGAUGAACCGGUAUGUGCUAUGUGUUUUAAAACUGGAUUCAACACCACUAAAGGUUCUUUGGUUCGGUCAAUGUUGUUUCCUAAACCUAUUGGUUUCAAGUUCUAUCAAGAUUCGUUCAAGUAUAUUGGUUUCAUGGGUCUUAUUGCUUGUAUCGGCUUCACUUAUUCUACAUACAACUUUAUUAAAGUUGGUUUGGAUACUAGAACUAUGAUAUUGAGAGCUUUGGAUAUCAUCACCAUUGUUGUUCCACCUGCUUUACCUGCUACCUUGACUAUUGGUACAACGUUUGCGUUAUCUCGUCUCAAAAAGCUACAAAUAUUCUGUAUCUCCCCGACAAGAGUUAACGUUGGGGGUAAACUUGAUGUGGUUUGUUUCGAUAAGACUGGAACAUUGACUGAAGAUGGUUUGGAUGUGUUGGGUGUUCAUUUGGCUAUUAACGCAAAGGGUAGAAAGGAAAUCGUUUUUGACGAAUUGGUAUCAGACAUUGGACAUUUGGAUGUCGGAGAAACCAAGUCAUCUUCUCAUGAGUUGAAGAAUGGGAAAUAUUUAUUAGGGGGCAUGGCAAGUUGUCAUUCAUUGCGUUUAAUUGACAAUGAAGUAUUAGGGGAUCCAUUGGAUGUAAGAAUGUUUGAGUUUACCAAAUGGCAGUUAUCUGAAACUACCACUAAUGUAAUUGUCCACUCACCAACUUUCACUGACGACAGUUAUGCUAUUGCUCGAGAGUUUGAUUUCGCUGCUGCUUUACGGAGAAUGUCUGUAGUUGUCGAUUCAGAAAGUCGACGGUUUGUGUUUACCAAGGGUGCUCCAGAGAUAAUGUACAAUGUUUGUAAUAACGAGACUUUACCUACAAACUUUGAGGACUUGUUGCAUCAUUAUACGCAUAGCGGAUUCAGAGUCAUAGCAUGUGCUUAUAAGGAAAUUUCUCAGGAGGUUAAUAUUAGUGACUUUGAUAGAGAAGAAAUAGAGUCUGAUUUGACUUUCACCGGGUUCAUUGUGUUUGAAAAUAAGUUGAAGCCAGCUACAAAAGCAACCCUUCAGGAAUUAGAAAGAGCUAAGAUUCGUACAGUAAUGUGUACUGGUGAUAACAUCUUGACUGCUAUUAGUGUUGGUCGGGAAUGUGAGUUGAUUAGUCCUGAUAUCAACGACGUUUAUGUUCCUACUUUACAUGAGAAUGAGUUUGGUAUGGAUUUAAUUUGGGAAGAAGUUAUCAAUCCUGGAAAGAUCCUUGAUCCAAACACUCUUCAGCCUUCAAUCAAAGGGGAAAAGUUCACCUUAGCAAUAACUGGUGAUGUUUUCCGGUAUAUGUUAACAGAAAUGAAAGACGAAGUCGACCAGGUUAAUACUUUGCUUUUGAAAGGUAGUAUCUUUGCUCGUAUGUCUCCUGAUGAGAAGCAUGAAUUAGUUGAACGUUUGCAAGCGUUGGACUACACUGUUGGAUUUUGUGGUGAUGGUGCAAAUGAUUGUGGAGCUUUGAAAGCUGCAGAUGUUGGUAUAUCGCUUUCUGAAGCUGAGGCUUCUGUGGCAGCUCCCUUUACUUCACGUAUAUUUGAAGUAUCAUGUGUUGUGAAUGUCAUAAAGGAGGGUAGAUCAAGUUUGGUGACCAGCUUUUCAUGUUUCAAAUAUAUGUCGCUAUAUUCGGCCAUCCAAUUCAUCACUGUUACUUGUUUGUACAAGGAAGGAACUAAUCUUGGCGAUUUCCAGUUUCUUUAUAUUGACUUGUUUCUUAUUUUACCAUUGGCAAUUUUCAUGUCAUGGUCUGGACCCUUUGGUGAGCUUGUGAUCAAACGUCCGAGUGCUAAUCUAGUGGCACCAAAGAUCUUGAUACCAAUGUGCUGUCAUAUAAUUGUCAUUAUGAUUUUCCAAGUUACAUUAUGGCUUCAUGUACAGAAGCAGCCUUGGUAUAUUAAACCAGUCGUUGGGGGUGAUGAUGAAGUUAAAUCAUCUGAUAAUACUGUUUUGUUUUUGUUUACUAACUUCCAGUAUAUUCUUAUUGCUGUUUUGUUGAGUAGUGGUCCUCCAUACCGUGAACCAAUGACAAAGAACGUUCCGUUUAUGAUCAAUGUUUUCCUUGCUACUUUAAUUUCAAUCUUGUUAUUCGGAAUAGAUGAGAAUACAAGAUUGGGUGACUUUAUGGAUUUAACUAACUUAUCCUCAUUUUUCUAUGCUUUGAUUUUGGUUUCGGCAGUGUUAAACUUGAUUGUUAUGAUGGCUGGUGACAAAUUCUUGUACAGUAAGAUCACUUGGUUUUACAAGAAAAUAUUCAGAAGAAGCCAGUUUGGCGUAAGCAAAAAGAAAUACAAGAACUUGCUUCGGGAAAUGGGGUCAACGGCAUUUGUAUAA